AUGUUCAUCCGUAGCUGUUUUGGCUCAGGCCAUCUCGAGUCGGGCCCCUCAGGAGCGAGCGCAUAUCGGCCAGAGGCCACACGAGGCACCCCAAGAGGUCGGCAGGCCGCAGUCAUGCCGAUGGCUGAGCCGGACGUCGAGGUGCCAGAGGGGGAGGUCAAGAAGGGAGCGAAGCUCUUCAAGGCGAAGUGCGCCCAGUGCCACACCAUCGAGAAGGGCGGCAACGCCAAGCAGGGCCCACCGCUGUGGGGCGUAUUCGGGCGCCAGUCCGGGACCCUGGAGGGAUUCGCGUACUCCGAGGCCAACAAGAACUCGGGCAUCAUCUGGUCGCACAAGCACAUGUACGAAUACCUCGUCAACCCGAAAAAGUACAUCCCGGGCACGAAGAUGGUCUUCGCGGGCAUCAAGAAGGAGAAGGAGCGCGCGGACCUCAUUGCGUACAUGGCGACCUGCGGGUGA